GAUGCUCAGCUCCCCAAUUACAGCAUAGAUUAGGUGCAAUAUCAUACAGCAUCUUCCGAGUCGGCAUCAGUUCCACCAGGCAAAUGCGAUAUUGGGCUUGUAGAAAUACAUAACGGUGCCAUCACUGAUUCAGUUUCUCAAAAGAAAUUAUAUCUCCCUACACUUUUCUACCCCAUGCUUUGUGACACCUGCUCAGCUGUCAGAGGAACAUCCCGGUAAAAUGCCCAUGGCGUAUAAAGCAGAGACGUUAUCUGAUUUCCUCAAUCUAUGUCAAAGUUUUCUGGCUGCAUAACACCGAUACUUGACCGUCGCCAUGGCUAUACCUCCUAUAGCUCAGAUGACCUUGACCUCUACAUGGAUCGAGUCUCUGUUAUAUGGCUGUGUGCUUUUCGCCUGUUGUAUCUUCAUAUUAUUGAAACGGCGUAGGAGUCAAUCUCUCAGAUUCUCGAACAGCAUACUUAUCUUAACAAGCGUCACUCUAUUUAUCACGGCCACCGUACAUGCGCUCUUGUCUUUCCUACAGCUAUUGCACGCAUUCAUAGAUCCAGCCAUUGCGUCCAAGCCUCAUGGUGCAGACACCUAUCUUAUGUCUAAUCCUUUGUUUGUCGCCAAUUUCAUCCUUUAUGUUGCAAACGCUAUGGUGCAGCACUUAUUAAUGAUAUGGAGGUUGUACGUUAUAUUUGAUUAUCGUUGGAAGAUAUGCGUAUUGCCACUAAUUGCCUUGAUUGCCAAUGAUUCCUGUGCAUAUACGGCUGCAUUCUACCUUUCACAACCCACGGCACAACAGGAUUCAAUCAUACCACCACACGGAUUCAAAGUGUUCAUGAUAUUUGGCUGGUUAUUGGGUUUUAUGAUCAAUUUGGGUCUGACGGGCGGCAUUGCACACAGACUCUUUCGAACAGGCAAAAGGUCAUUGGCUGUAGUUGGACCGGACUACAUUGGUAUUGCUUUGAUUGUGAUAGAGUCGGGAGCUUUGAUGACGGGCUGCACGCUCGUUAUGAUGAGUUUGUACUUUUCUGGUAAUGUGGCAGGCGUAAUAGCGAUUGGCGUAGCUGCUCAAGUGAACACAUCAACUCC